UUUUUUAUCAUUUUUGGAGUUGAAAAAAGCUUGACAACAGAAGAUCUUUACCAGAUCAGUCUGACCUUCUAUUGGAUCUCUUGGACACGGCAAGAUAAAACAUGCAUCUUUUUUCUUCAGCUGUUUUCACGAACCUUCUGGCUUGUACGCUGUGUUGGGUGUCUGAAAAAUGCGUUGUUUUUGAAGAUUACGUGGAUGAAAACAUAGUGGAUGAAUGUCCAAAAAGUAACCUAACAGGAACCUGUAAAGGCGUCUCCAAUGUGGCACUCGAUCUUGCUGGGAUUCCAUCUCAUCUUGAGGUCCUCUGUUUACACUAUUCAAAGGAUUUGUCUCUGCAUCCUAACUCUUUCUCAAGGUUUACAAAGCUCACAAGCUUAAUAAUCAUGGGAUCUAUCUCAACUGUCCUCCCUGGAGCUUUUAAAAAUCUUUUAAAUCUGAAAACACUGGAAAUUACCUGCUCAGAAUCAUUGAACAUUUCCUUUUCAUCUGAGAUUUUCAGUGACCUUCAAAACAUCGAAACACUUUUUAUCGUCCACUGCAAGCUUUCAUCCAUGACAAUAGACGUGUUCAAAGGGAUGGUGAAGUUGGAAAAUCUCGGAUUACAAAAGAGUAUAGAGGACUUUUCUGAGUUGUUGUGCAGAUUAACAUUUGUGUCAUCGUCAUUAAACUAUUUAGAUGUAUUUGCUGAGAAUUUAGUUAAUGUUUCAACGCCAAUUUGUGCUUUUUCUAACGGGACUUCUUUUGAUGUCAAGUUUCAUAAAUUUAAGACCCUCUAUCUUGAGUUUAAUAAGGUUAAUGUAAUGAAUAAAACAGUGAUGAGAUAUUUCCCCAAAAUUAAUGUUUUAAAAACACAUUCUACUACGUUUGAAGUUUUAAAAUCUGAAUUUACAAACAUUCACACUUUAGGUGUAUCUUAUUCUAGUGAGUUUAGCAGCUUUGAAGAAAUCUGUAAAGCCACACAUGACUUUUCGACGACUCACAUCAUUGUGUCAUUCCCAAAUGUAACCGAGUCUUUCGUGCCUGAUCUGGAAAGAUGCAUGGGGCUUGAACAUCUUUUUAUUUAUUGUAGAGAACAAUGUACAGCAAUGAAUUUAACAUUCAUCAAUGUUCUAAAAAAUCUUACAUUAUUGUUGAUUAAAUGGAAACUUACUCCAGAGAGCAUUAAAAGGGACAGGGCAUUGGCACUAUGUGAAAAUCAGAGUGAUCUUAUCACAAAACUCAAAACAGUAAAUCUUUUUACAAACAAUUUCAUAAGAAUUGGCCCCAGACAUUUUAGCUGCCUACAAGAACUUGAGGAACUGUACUGGGCUAAAAGUGAGAUUGAACAUAUUGAAGAUUUUACAUUUAACAGUACAAGAUUUCUUACAAUUUUGGACCUCAGUCGUAAUAAAAUAUCUCAACUCACAAACUUUACCUUCUUCGGUUUAUCUAACCUAAAAACUCUCCUACUUCAAGAAAAUAAGCUGCUUAUGAUUGAGACGUGGACUUUACUUCCUUUAACAUCUGUAGAGUUUGUAAAUUUGGGAGUUUUUCAGUAUUCCUCCUCUGAACCAUCAAAGAUCCAGAUCAACCUCAGCCUUCCUGAAAAAUUGACUAAGUUGUCCCUCAGUUCUGGAAUACGACCAAUGACUCUUAUUUUAAGUAAGAGCAAGAAAUCCCAGGUGGGGCUUAGCCUCAAUGUUUGUGGCCAGUCUGUGACUUUUCAGGAUUGUGACAAUACGCUUUUCAAAUCUCUUGUUGAAUUAACUGCAGAGACAGAGCAAUUGCUCUGUGGUCAGUCCUUUCCUGGUCAGUUCCUCAAGUCUUUGAGACAUCUUAUGAUCAAAGCAAAUCACAAAACAGGACAAAUGGACUUGACAGAUUUGAACCAACUGGUCAACCUGAAGAGUCUGAUCCUCUUUAAUGUGGAUUUGUCUCGGCAGUCUGGUCUUGAUGUGAUUUUUCGCAACUUGUCCAGUCUGGAGUAUCUCUGUAUGUCCUUUUGCUCAGUGCCUUUAUUGGAGAAAGACUUGAGCAGAGACCUGAAGUCACUAAAAGUCAUGUUUUUGCAAGCAGACGAUUUGUUUAGUGUGAUGGAAAACUUUAUCGAGCCCCUGAAAAACCUUCGCUAUCUCAUCCUAAAAGACGCACUUCUACAUUGUAGCUGUGACAAUGCUUGGAUUACCAACUGGGCAAAAUAUGAAAAGAACGUUCAGGUCAAUUUUCGUGAUAGCGCAUUGGAAAGGUUACCAUGUAAAACUGCGGAUGAAACCAAGUUCCUGCAGAAAUACGCUCAAGAAAAUUGUUCUUUUAAUGUGGACUUUCUUCUUUUUGUCUCCACUUCUCUGGGACUGGUGUUCUUCAUGCUGGUAGUGCUGCUCCACCAGCUGUUUGGAGAUUACCUGCUGGCUUUCUUUCACAUAGCUUGGGCCUGGGUAGAGGAAGCCAUGAGGGCAAACAGAAAAGGACAUUACCACUUUGAUGUUUUCGUGUCUUACUCAGGGAAGGAUGAGCGCUGGGUGAUGGAUGAACUUCUGCCCAAUCUGGGGAAACGUGGACCCCCAUUCCUCAAAAUUUGCCUGCACAGCAGGGACUUUGAGUUAGGAAAGGACAUUGUGGAGAACAUCACGGACAGCCUCUACAGAAGCAGACACACCCUGUGCCUGGUUAGUCGCAACUACCUGCGGAGUACCUGGUGCUCUCUGGAGAUGCGUCUGGCAACAUACAGGCUGCUGGCUGAACACAGGGAUGUUCUUGUUCUGGUCUUUCUGGAGAAGGUUUCUCAUCAACUCUUAAAUGUACAUCAUAGACUGUCCCGGCUGGUGAAGACACGGACCUACAUGGACUGGCCACAUGACCCGGCACUGCACAAUGCAUUCUGGGAUAGACUGUGGAAAAAACUCGCACCCGAAUCUGCAACCUAGAUUACAAAAUAAUAAUGUUCUAACAUAAGAUGUGUCUUUACACAGGUAAUCAAUUCCUCUGAGGAAAUUCUGGUAUUUUGUCAUGUAGUUUUAACGAGAAUGUAAAAUGGAUCUUCAUAUACAUUUUGUAGCAUAUUUUUGAAAAAAAAAAACGGCAUAUAAGAACAGGUGGGAUUUUGAAGACGUUGUGAAAAGUGUGAGCUCUAAAACAUACAGACAUACUUAUUUGCAACAGACUGUACUAUAUAAUUAGUUACCCUCAUAAAUCCUGUUACUUAAACAGGGAGAUGGAUGAAGAAGGCAAAAUAUAAUUUCUAAAUACUGCCCUAUUUAUGUAAACCUGUACAGUGGUGGUCAAAAGGAUUAAAACAAAAGUGAAUUGAUAUUUAUUUUAAGAGACUUCACUAUAAUACAUGGCAUGUAUUGUCUCAAUAUUUUUGGCCUUUAACUCUACAUCCAGCCAGUAACAGAGGCUGAAACUUGACGGCAGGGAUUUUCAACCUCACAUUUAGAGACCCCUGAGAGAGAAAACGUGACACAAAAUUAAUUUUUUCUUUUUACUAUUCCUGUCCAAAAGUUUACCAUAAAACAACAAGGAAACUUGACAAUCUGUACAGGUGGGAACAAAGUGCCAUUUUGUCCUACAAGUGAAGGAUACAUAUGAAAUAUGCAGAAUGUAACAUGAGUUAACAAGGGACAAAAUGUCAGUUUCAAAUUUACAUUUUCACUUCUUGAAAUAUUUUUGAAUUUAUAUUGAGACAGUUCAGUGCUAAAAAGAUAGACUCAAAGUUAGCAGCCGUCAUAGAAAAAUACUUAAUUCUUUUGUUGCAGUAUUUUCUUUAUUUUUUAUGAACUUAACACUUAACAUAUAAACAUUUUGUUUUUCUAAACGUGACUAAUUUGCAGCAUCAUUGCAGUGCUUUUUUGUGGAUGCCAUGCUUAUUAUUAUUAAAAUCUCAUUUUCAGACUUUUGCAUGACUACUUUUGUCAAGUUAAAAUAUUAUUCAAACUGUAUUCUGAAAUAAGACAUUUUUACUUUAAGGCACUUUUAGAGGAUGUGCCGUACAGGAGAUAUGAUGAUUGUUGCUGUUAUUAUUAUUAUUAUUAUUAUUAUUAUUAUUAUGUUUGAUUAAUUAACUGUAUAUACUUUUUGUGUAAUAAAGACUUCAGCU